AUGUUGGCUCUUCGGGACCAGGAGAACUUGGUACACGCCCACCAAACUGUGGCGGCGUCCAAGCCUCUAAACCAGGGCGUGAAACAACUGCAGACAAAGACCCCAGGCGCUCGUGCCCCGAAGACCCCAUUCAAAAUCCCAUUGAGCGAUGAGAAUGACCCCUUGGCCUUUGGAAAGAAGACUUUGAAAGCAACCGGUAAACAGAACGAGAACGUGAAGCCUUCCGCCAAAGAUGCUUUUGUUACUCCACUGGCAAAUCCUCGCAGUCGGGCUCCCCUAGGCAUGAAAACGACCAAUGCCAAAGCCAAAGGAGUACAGACUCCCGCAGCCCCCGCGGGUACCGUGAAGCCGGAAAGAACGACCAAGAGAGGAUCAACACAAAAAGUCAAGAAAUUCGCCCCAUUGGUUGACCAGAGCCAGACCAAAGUUCAAGAAAAGCCAGCUCAGGAUGACGUCCCCGAUAUUGAAUACAUGCCGCCUAAGCCAAAAGAACUCUCAGAUAUUCCCGACGAAAUUACCUACGAUACUACGUUCCCCCAGUUUCAAGCAAAGAAUCUGGCUUUGGGUCUGGAGAGCGUAUAUGGAGACAAUGAGAUCGGCAGCGAUGGCCUUACAAAGAGAGAGCGCAAACUCCAAGAAGACUCGGUCGCAUGCGACAAAAUGAUGGACGAGAUGAUCCUCAAGCAAAUUGAGAGUAUCGGCUUUGAAGAUGCCAGCGAAGCGAGACAACGCGAUGGACCGUCUAUGGGAGACAUCUCGAAGCCACGUCGGAUGAAGGCGACCACGAGUAGAGUGAAGUACACCAGCAAUGUCUCCACCGUUCGAGCUCGUGAUGCCGCUGCAGCACUUUCCGGUGCAGAUCGUUCCGCACGAACUAGACAGGUGGCAAUACCGAAAGCCAGGCCCAGAGUUACUUCAGCCUUGUUUUCAUCGAGAAAGCCCCGGAGUCCUCCGAAUCCAUCGUCCAUGCGUCAUACUGCGGCUACUGCGAGUUCUAGAACCACCCUGGGAUACGCCAAGGGUCGGGACGUGUCAUCGAAACUGAGAGGAAAGUCGCCCAAUUCUACGAAACAGUCACUCUCUAAAGGGAUCUUAUCUCCCGAGACCUAUAUGGAGCCGAAUGGCCCAACUCUCGAACGAGAACCAGGAAACCGCUUUCCGGGUGCAGAAAACCUUGACCAUGAAGAGGACCAGCUGCCCAUCGAUAUGGAGAGUAUGCUUCCAACAUACGAAGAAGACGAAGAAGCACGGAAUUUCCAGCUGACUCUCUAA